AUGUCUUCCUACGACCUGUGUCCUCCCACCCCCUGUGGCCCAACCCCGCUGGCAAAUAGCUGCAACGAGUCCUGCGUCAGGCAGUGCCAGGACUCCACGUACGUGAUCCAGCCUCCUCCCGUGGUGGUGACCCUGCCCGGACCCAUCCUCAGCUCCUUCCCCCAAAACACCGCUGUGGGAUCCACCACCUCUGCAGCUGUGGGCAGCAGCCUCAGCUCCGAAGGAGUGCCCAUCUCCUCUGGGAACUCCUCUGGAUUCGGGAGCUUUGGCUACUCAGGCCUGGGCAGCGGGUACAGCCGGCCUUACCGUCGCUACAACACCUACCGCAGUGGCUUCUAUGAGCCAUGCUAA